GCAGCGCAUGGACCAACUCUGGCUCCAACGCUGCAUUUUCGUGACGUCAUUUUUGUCCGACGCCAAAUACAGAUCGCGUUUGGUUUGGAGCAGAAGAUAGAAACACAAACUCGGAGGAUGAAGCUGAAUCCUGGCUGGCUGCUGCUUCUCUCCAUUUCUGCCGGUGUCUGGUCGGUGCCCAUAGAUCGCAAUGGAGGCAACCAGGAGCCAAAAGAGGAAGUACAGGAGGAGAACAUGGACACUGGUCUGUACUACGACAGGUAUCUCAGAGAGGUGAUUGAGGUUUUGGAGACAGACCCUCACUUCAGAGAGAAAUUGCAGACAGCAAACACAGAAGACAUCAAGAACGGCCGCCUCAGUAAAGAGCUCGACUUGGUCGGCCAUCAUGUAAGAACCCGCUUGGAUGAGCUGAAGCGUCAGGAGGUCUCUCGUCUCAGGAUGCUCCUGAAGGCCAAACUGGACAGCACCAACACACAGAGCCUUCAGAUGGACCACACCUCACUGCUGAAACAGUUUGAACAUCUGGAUCCACACAAUCAGAACACCUUCGAGGCCAAAGAUCUUGAGCUGCUAAUCUCAACUGCCACCAAGGACCUGGAGAACUACGACGCCGAGAGACAUGAGGAGUUCAAGCGCUACGAGAUGCUGAAGGAGCACGAGAGGCGGGAGUACCUGAAGGGCCUGGACCAGGAGAAGAGGGAGAAAGAGGAGAAGAGGAUGCAGGAGCUGAAGGAGAAGCACCGCCAGCACCCUAAAGUCAACGCUCCUGGUAGUGUUGCUCAGCUGCGGGAAGUUUGGGAAGAGACAGACGGACUGGAUCCUCAAGAAUUUAACCCCAAAACCUUCUUUAAACUGCAUGAUACAAAUGAAGAUGGGGUUCUAGAUGAGCAGGAAUUGGAGGCUCUUUUCACAAAGGAGCUGGAAAAAGUUUACGACCCCAAGAACGAGGAAGAUGAUAUGAUGGAGAUGGAGGAAGAGAGGCUGAGGAUGAGGGAGCACGUCAUGAAAAACGUGGAUACAAAUAAAGACCGGCUCGUCAGCCUGGAGGAGUUCCUCAGAUCCACAGAGAAGAGGGAGUUCAAUAAUCCCAGAGAGUGGGAGACUCUGGACACCAAGCCCGUGUACACAGAGGAUGAGCUGCAGCGAUUUGAGGCUGAACUCCGGGACAAAGAGGAGGAGCUGAAGAGGAGGGCAGAGACUCUGCGUCAAGAGCAGGAGCUGCUGAACGAGAGAGGCAAAGCCCUGGAGGCCCAGAAGAGAGAGUACCAGCAGGCCGUGCUGGAAAUGUCUCAGAGACAGAAGGAGCAGCAGGCAGCAGACGGUCAACCUCCUGCGGGUCCUAACGGAGAACUACAGUUUCAACCACAGACACAUGAACCUGAAGAUAAAGAGGCAAAAGCCCCAGUUGAACACGAAGCUGAUGCCCCGAACCAUCUGGAAGUGGAGCCUCCACAGAAUCUGCCUUCACACACUUAAUGCAGCACGCUCUGGCAGCUCUGACACACACACACACACACUCGCACACGUUCGCACACACUUUUUGAUUUGCACUGACACACACGUCCAGAUGGGUUCCGUGUUCAGACUGAAUUACGUGAACCGUGUGUACAGAUUCAGACAGGCCGACGUGUUUACCAUUAUAGUACUGUGUUCAUUUCUGUGGUCUACAUUAGAUUAAAGGUCUAAACAUGUUAGUGAACGGAUUUCCUCAACUCUUCGGUUUCAGUGAAGCUUUCAGUGUGACUGCAAACAUCUUCAAAUAAACUAUUAAUUUAAAACCUCUUAAAA